AUGGACGUGGACGUGGACGUGGACGUGGACGUGGACGUGGACGUGGACAUGGACGUGGUCGUGGACGUGGACGUGGACAUGGACGUGGACAUGGACAUGGACGUGGACGUGGACGUGGACGUGGACGUGGACGUGGACGUGGACGUGGACGUGGACGUGGACGUGGACGUGGACGUGGACGUGGACAUGGACGUGGACAUGGACGUGGACGUGGACGUGGACGUGGACAUGGACGUGGACGUGGACGUGGACGUGGACGUAGACGUGGACGUGGACGUGGACAUGGACGUGGACGUGAAUGUGGACGUGGACGUGGACGUGGACGUGGACAUGGACCUUGUCGUGGACGUGGACGUGGACGUGGACGUCGACGUGGACAUUGUCGUGGACGUGGACGUGGUCGUGGACGUGGACGUGGACGUGGACGUGGACAUAGACGUGGACGUGGACGUGGACGUGGACGUGGACGUGGAUGUCGACGUGGACAUUGUCGUGGACGUGGACGUGGACGUGGACGUGGACGUGGACGUGGACAUGGACGUGGACAUGGACGUGGACGUGGACGUGGACGUGGACGUGGAUGUCGACGUGGACAUUGUCGUGGACGUGGACGUGGACGUGGACGUGGACGUGGACGUGGACGUGGACAUGGACGUGGACAUGGACGUGGACAUGGACGUGGACAUGGACGUGGACGUGGACAUGGACGUGGACGUGGACGUGGACGUGGACGUGGACGUGGACAUGGACGUGGACGUGGACGUGGACGUGGACAUGGACGUAGACGUGGACGUGGACGGGGACAUGGACGUGGACGUGGACGUGGACGUGGACGUGGACGUGGACGUGGACGUGGAGGUGGACGUGGACGUAGACGUGGAGGACGUGGACGUGGACGUGGAGGUGGACGUGGACGUGGACGUGGAGGUGGACGUGGACAUGGACGUGGACAUGGACGUGGACAUGGACGUGGACGUGGACGUGGACGUGGACGUGGACGUGGACGUGGACCUGGACGUGGACGUGGUCGUGGACGUGGACGUGGACCUGGACGUGGACGUGGACGUGGUCGUGGACGUGGACCUGGACGUGGACGUGGACGUGGACGUGGACCUGGACGUGGACGUGGAUGUGGACGUGGACGUGGACUUGGACGUGGACGUGGACGUGGACGUGGACGUGGACAGGGACGUGGACGUGGACGUGGUCAUGGACGUGGACGUGGUCGUGGACGUGGACGUGGACGUGGACGUGGACGUGGUCGUGGACGUGGUCGUGGACGUGGACGUGGACGUGGACGUGGACGUGGACGUGGACGUGGUCGUGGACGUGGACGUGGACGUGGACGUGGACGUGGACGUGGACGUGGACGUGGACGUGGACAUGGACGUGGACGUGGUCGUGGACGUGGACGUGGUCGUGGACGUGGACGUGGACGUGGUCGUGGACGUGGUCGUGGACGUGGACGUGGACGUGGACAUGGACGUGGUCGUGGACGUGGACGUGGACGUGGACGUGGACGUGGACAUUGUCGUGGACGUGGACGUGGUCGUGGACGUGGACGUGGAUAUGGACGUGGACGUGGACGUGGACGUGGACGUCGACGUGGACAUUGUCGUGGACGUGGACGUGGACGUGGACGGGGACAUGGACGUGGACGUGGACGUGGACGUGGACGUGGACGUGGAGGUGGACGUGGACGUGGACGUGGAGGUGGACGUGGACGUGGACGUGGAGGAGGUGGACGUGGACGUGGACGUGGACGUGGACGUGGACAUGGACGUGGACAUGGACGUGGACAUGGACGAAGACGUGGACGUGGACGUGGACGUGGACAUGGACGUGGACAUGGACGUGGACGUGGACGUGGACGAGGACGUGGACAUGGACGUGGACAUGGACGUGGACGAGGACGUGGACGUGGACGUGGACCUGGACGUGGACGUGGUCGUGGACGUGGACGUGGACCUGGAUGUGGACGUGGUCGUGGACGUGGACCUGGACGUGGACGUGGACGUGGACGUGGACCUGGACGUGGACGUGGACGUGGACGUGGACGUGGACUUGGACGUGGACGUGGACGUGGACGUGGACAGGGACGUGGACGUGGACGUGGUCAUGGACGUGGACGUGGUCGUGGACGUGGACGUGGACGUGGACGUGGACGUGGUCGUGGACGUGGUCGUGGACGUCGACGUGGACGUGGACGUGGACGUGGUCGUGGACGUGGACAUGGACGUGGACAUGGUUGUGGACGUGGACGUGGACGUGGACAUGGACGUGGACGUGGACGUGGACGUGGACGUGGACGUGGAGGACUUGGACGUGGACGUGGACGUGGACGUGGACGUGGACGGGGACGUGGACGGGGACGUGGACGUGGACGUGGACGUGGACGUGGACGUGGACGUGGACGUGGACGUGGACGUGGAGGUGGACGUGGACGUGGACGUGGACGUGGACGUGGACGUGGACGUGGACGUGGACGUGGUCGUGGACAUGGACGUGGACAUGGACGUGGACGUGGACGUGGACGUGGACGUGGACAUGGACAGGGACGUGGACAGGGACGUGGUCGUGGACGUGGUCGUGGACGUGGACGUGGACGUGGACGUGGACGUGGUCGUGGACGUGGACGUGGACGUGGACGUGGACGUGGACGUGGACGUGGUCGUGGAGGUGGUCGUGGACGUGGACGUGGACGUGGACGUGGACGUGGACGUGGACGUGGACGUGGACGUGGACGUGGACGUGGACGUGGACGUGGACAUGGACGUGGACGUGGACGUGGUCGUGGACGUGGACGUGGUCGUGGACGUGGACGUGGACGUGGACGUGGACAUGGACGUGGACGUGGACGUGGACGUGGACGUGGACGUGGACGUGGACGUGGACGUGGACGUGGACGUGGUCGUGGACUGGACGUGGACUGGACAUGGACGUGGAAUGUGUCGUGGACGUGGACGUGGACGACUGGACGUGGACGUGGACGUGGACGUGGACGUGGACGUGGACGUGGACAUGGACGUGGACGUGGACGUGGACGUGGAGGUGGACGUGGACGUGGACGUGGACGUGGACGUGGACGUGGAGGUGGACGUGGACGUGGACGUGGAGGACGUGGACGUGGACGUGGAGGUGGACGUGGACGUGGACGUGGACGUGGACGUGGACGUGAAUGGACGUGGACGUGGACGUGGACGUGGACGUGGACGUGGACGUGGUCGUGGACGUGGACGUGGACGUGGACGUGGACGUGGACGUGGACCUGGACGUGGAUGUGGACGUGGACGUGGACUUGGACGUGGACGUGGACGUGGACGUGGACGUGGACAGGGACGUGGACGUGGACGUGGUCAUGGACGUGGACGUGGUCGUGGACAUGUGGACGUGGACGUGGACGUGGACGUGGACGUGGACGUGGACGGGGACAUGGACGUGGACGUGGACGUGGACGUGGACGUGGACGUGGACGUGGAGGUGGACGUGGACGUAGACGUGGAGGACGUGGACGUGGAUGUGGAGGUGGACGUGGACGUGGACGUGGAGGUGGACGUGGACAUGGACGUGGACAUGGACGUGGACAUGGACGUGGACGUGGACGUGGACGUGGACGUGGACGUGGACGUGGACGUGGACCUGGGACGUGGACGUGGUCGUGGACGUGGACGUGGACCUGGACGUGGACGUGGACGUGGUCGUGGACGUGGACCUGGACGUGGACGUGGACGUGGACGUGGACCGGACGGGACGUGGACGUGGACGUGGUCAUGGACGUGGACGUGGUCGUGGACGUGGACGUGGACGUGGACGUGGACGUGGCGUGGACGUGGUCGUGGACGUGGACGUGGACGUGGACGUGGACGUGGACGUGGACGUGUUUGUGGACGUGGACGUGGACGUGGACGUGGACGUGGACGUGGACGUGGACGUGGACGUGGACAUGGACGUGGACGUGGACGUGGUCGUGGACGUGGACGUGGUCGUGGACGUGGACGUGGACGUGGACGUGGACGUGGUCGUGGACGUGGACGUGGACGUGGACUGGACGUGGUCGUGGACGUGGACGUGGACGUGGACGUGGACGUGGACGUGGACGUGGACAUUGUCGUGGACGUGGACGUGGUCGUGGACGUGGACGUGGAUAUGACGUGGACGUGGACGUGGACGUGGACGUCGACGUGGACAUUGUCGUGGACGUGGACGUGGACGUGGACGGGGACAUGGACGUGGACGUGGACGUGGACGUGGACGUGGACGUGGAGGUGGACGUGGACGUGGACGUGGAGAUGGACGUGGACGUGGACGUGGAGGACGUGGACGUGGACGUGGACGUGGACAUGGACGUGGACAUGGACGUGGACAUGGACGUGGACAUGGACGAGGACGUGGACGUGGACGUGGACGUGGACAUGGACGUGGACAUGGACGUGGACGUGGACGUGGACGUGGACAUGGACGUGGAAUAGGACGUGGACGUGGACGUGGACGUGGACGUGGACGUGGACGUGGACGUGGACGUGGUCGUGGACGUGGACGUGGACGUGGACGUGGACAUGGACGUGGACGUGGACGUGGACGUGGACAUCGACUGGACGUGACGUGGACGUGGACGUGGACGUGGACGUGGUCGGACGUUGGACGUGGACGUGGACGUGGACGUGGACAUUGACGUGGACGUGGACGUGGACGUGGACGUGGACGUGGUCGUGGACGUGGACGUGGACGUGGACCUUGACGUGGACGUGGACGUGGACGUGGACGUGGACGUGGACGUGGACGUGGACGUGGACGUGGACGUGGACGUGGUCGUGGACGUGGACGUGGACGUGGACGUGGACGGUGGACGUGGACGUCGACGUGGACGUGGACGUGGACGUGGACGUGGACUUGGACGUGGACGUGACGUGGACGUGGACGUGGACGUGGACGUGGACGUGGUCGUGGACGUGGACGUGGACCUAG